GUGUCCUCACUGUCCUGUAUUUUAAGACUUGGCAGAAGAAACCGUGUAGGACCUGGUAUGCUCAAUUUAACCUCUUCUUAUAUAAAGAUAUAGGUAUGAGAUAUGCAUAUAUCUCUCACUAUGAAGUCUUAAUAAUCAUAUGCUCAAGAGUCAAGUCUCCUCAUCUUUAUUUUAUCUUUUUCAGAGUGAAGUUGCCUUGUAUCUUCUUAUGCAUUGGAGCAGUAUUAUAAUUUAUGGAUUGGCCCAAAAACUUUUUAUGUAUAGAGAUACAUGUUAAGUAGUCAUCCCAUAUUAUCAAAGUCCUGCAGUUCUGCAAAACUAUCCUGUAACAGUUAGCUCAGGUGACCUUAAUCUGGGUCUCUAUGUCUGGUUCUGAAAGCCCUAUCCUGGAGCAAAAACAGAACCCCAGUGGUCAGUCAUCUCUGCCUCUGGAAUCAGAAGGAAAAUCUCAAUUUGUAUCAGUCAGCGACAGAAUACCAAACUCCAAGGUAUCCAAAUCUGGUGCAUCGGAUGGUGAAGAAAGCUACACAGUUUUCUCUGACAAUGCACAAAAUAAGAACAAUGAACAAAUGAUCAAUUCAAAUGAUCCUCCAGCAGAUGCAGAAACAGAAACUUUUCAACAAAAUGAAGGCCCAGCUCAGGCUCCAAGAGUAGAUCUAAAGGGCCAGCAGUGCGAAGUCCCUCAAUUUGGUGCCUCCGCUUAUUUUGAGAAUAAACGGAAAGACAAAAAUGGUGAGCCCACAGCAUCACAGAACGAUCCCAAGAUGAACCGAGAUUUGCAUCCUCGUAAGGAUCCUCCGGCUGAGGCUCGUCCUGCACCAGCUAAACCAGUACCACAACAAGAAGCACGGUCAAAGGUGUCGCAGUUUGGGACUUGGGAGGGUGCAGGUGAAGCUGGCCACACACAAAGUUUUGAGAAUGUUAGGAAAAAUAACAAAAAUGGGCGCACUGUCACACCAGAACCUUCUAAUGCACCUCAACUGAACCGGGAUGUUAACAAUACUCCAACUAAAGAGGGCCGUCCAAAGGUGCCUCAGUUUGGGGCUUGGAAAGAGGGAGAUAAUGAUGGUGUAUACACAGCUUAUUUUGAAAAUGCUCGUAAAUAUAAGGCAGGGCCUGUUCUAGACCCCGUUGAACCCCAGCUCAACCGAGAUGUUAACAAUAGAGCUCAGUCUCCUACUGCUCGAACAAAAUAUAAAGCAGAUGAUUAUCAGUUGAGAAAAGCCGGUGAGAGACGGGCUGUUUUAUGGGCAAAAUCUGGAAAUCUUCGGAGUCAAACUAAGUCAUCUCUAGAUUGUAAAGGGGAGAGCAACGAGCUCGUCAAUUGGGCAAGGAUUCCUCUACUAAAUGAGGGUAUGCUUGCUGAAAGAGCUGGGGCUCUAGCUAGGGCUGAUGAUCCGCAUGUCUAUGGAGGAAGUAUAAGCUUAACAACCGGGAAAAUGGGUGGCAAUGGAAAUGAUGUUGAUCAAUUCGGAAUUACAUCCCGGGUUUUACCCGUUUCUAGAGCUAGAUCUAAAACUGCUUACCGCAAGGAAAUCAAACUCUUACAGCGAAAUCAAGGGGCAAAAAAAUCACAAGUCAGCAUCACGAAUGCUGGGAUGAUCCUCAACAAUGACACUCCCGAAUCGUAUCACCUGCCAACUCAUCACAGCAACAAGAAGGGAAGUUGCUUUCCUUGGUUUGGAAGAAGAGGAGUAAAGUCGUUCAGUUUUUUGAAGCAGUAAUACAUAAGAUACAGGAAUUACUUAGAGAUUAGAGCCCAAAAGGAGCAGAGUUGUAACUUAAUGCAUUGAGCUUAGAGUUAAGUGCAUAGGAGGGUACUCAACUUUGAUGAAAGUUCCAGUUAAGGUACUGAACUUUCAUUUGUACCAGUUAAGGUACUCAAAUUGGACGGCCGUUAGUCUAAGGGACUAAACUUUGCUUGUUGCCGUUAACAGCCCCUAAAUUAAAAGUAAAAUGUGACAUGGCAAUAAAUACAUGGUGACGUGGCACUAAAAUACAAAAUGACAGUUAAUUCAGUACCCUUUAAUUCAAAAAAGCCAGCGAAAUUCUUCAACGGUAACAAAUGAAAUAUAUAUUUAAAACUGAACCAUAUUAACAGAUAUAUUAACAUUCAAAAAAUCAUCUCUCUCAAGAAAUCAGGAGCAGCAAAAAAUAAGAACUUCCACAACACGAAAAAUUUCUGAUAUUGGUGUUCUUCCAUCAGCAGCAAAAAAAAAUCAACUUCAUCACCUUCCAUUAAUCAGGCAGCAUAAUGUCAAGAAAUAGCUAUGGUGGUUCCAUGCCCCCAAUUCCCAAAAGAUGUCAUUGUGGGUUUGU